AUGGAAGGUACACCACAUGAUGGACCGGAUCUGCGGCUCGAUUUUAUGGGAUCGUUCAUACAGAAAACCUUAAAAUUGAAGCCUGAAAAGUGGCAACGAUUGUUAACAUUUGAAGAACAUAAAACAGUUAUUAAAGAUUUCUUAGAUUUAUCAAGCGAAAUGGUUCUAGUCAUACAAUUCACUCAGUCCGCUCAAUUAUUGCCAACAAUAAAAUUCCCCUUGACCCAAUUAAAAGCAAAAGGUGUCUACUUCGUUAAGCGACUUCCAAUUGAAGUUCCGCGAGAAGACUGUGCAUUUUGGCUAAUUAGUGGAGAUUUAGCAACACGUUCGAUAGAUCAACUAUCAUGUCUUGUAGAUGAAAUUUUUGUUCCUUUAUUAUCUAACACUGAUAACCAUAAAGGGUGGCCAGAAAUGGUCGCUCAAGAUGUCUUAAAGCACACUCACAGUUUGAAGAGCACAGUCUAUCAGGUGAAUAAAUUUCUUACUUCUUUCACUUCCAUUAGCAUCCACUAAAGAGAAU